ACAUAACUCUGUUUUUGCUUCUGAAGCAUAUUGCACCACGGAAACAGUUAUUGAGUAGGAAAACAAAGUAUUUAAGAGCACAAUAUUCACGACGAACCAAACAAUUUUGAAAGUCGCACCGACACCACAUCUUUGAAGCAUUGCUAGAAAGUCGAGUGUCGCAUUUAAUUGCCAGAGACAAGUACCAAAAUAUCCGCGAAAAAGAAGCAAGUUGAGUUACAAGAACCAGCUAUGAGUUACAGUCAGAACUCCCAGAACAGCUACAGCGACUUCAGCUACAGCGACCCCACCAACGCUUCAGGUGCCAGCCAGGCAUACUUUAACCCCUAUAACGGUCAGUACUACUACACAUACGACUACCAACAGGCUUACCCACAGCAGCCUGUGUAUGGCCAGCAGUACCCACUGUAUCAAUACCAGGAUACUCAGUGGGUUCAGGAGCAGGCAGUACCCUCCCAUUCCUACAGACAGAACCGUCCCCGGGGGCGUGGCGGAGGGGGGCAAAACACCAGAGGGAGGGGGACAUGUUAUUAUAACCAGAACUAUUAUGGACAAAACCAAGGUUAUUAUAACCCAAAUAUGCACGAUCAGCAAUAUUAUGAAGCUAAUUCUGGUCCAAGUCUGUCGGACGUAAACGAACAAAGCAACGAGUCAGCAAAACAGUUCGAUCAAGGACAGAGUAGAACCUCAGAGUACAACAGCAGUACUACCACAGGGAGUUCUAGAGAUGGAAACUCAAGCCGUCCAAGAUAUGGGAGUGAUCGUGGGGGGAAACGGAAGCAGUAUAACUACAGUGCGAGGGGGGAGCACAGUGGGCGGGGUAGAACCAGCGAGGACAGGGGAAAGGCAUCUCCAGUUCCGGGUAGUCGGCCGAGGUCAGGCGACAAGAACAGACGAGAGGAUGGCAGAGAGGGUGAUGAGAAGGUUGGCCAGGCUGGUGUCAGGAGAGGUCAAGGUCAUCGUGCUGAGAAGGAUGAGACACAAAGGGGAACUCUGUUGAACCAGCUGUCCCGCGGCAAGUACGAGUGUAUGGUGUGCUAUGACAACGUGCGGUGUGAACACGCCAUCUGGAGCUGCGGCAACUGCUUCCACGUCUUCCAUCUGCACUGCAUCAAGAAGUGGGCUCGGACUUCCACCGUCACAGAGAGAGAUGGGAGUGUCACAGGCUGGAGGUGCCCUGCUUGUCAGAAUGUCACAGAGAAAGUGCCCAACCAAUACCGCUGCUACUGUGCAAAGAUGCGGGACCCAGCAUACAGUCAGUAUGAGACCCCUCACAGCUGUGGGGAGGUGUGUCACAAGAAGAGGAAGGGCGAUUGCCCUCACCCUUGCACUUUACUGUGCCACCCCGGACCGUGCCCCCCGUGCAGUGCUACCGUCAACAGAAGCUGCGACUGUGGCAGAUCAAAGAAUCUAGUACGGUGUGGUCACGACACAAGCUACAAGUGUGACGCUGUGUGUGGCAAGUCCCUCAACUGUGGCAAACAUGAGUGCCAGGAGGUGUGCCACAAGGGCGAUUGCCACGCGUGUGAGGAGAAGGUCACACAGAAAUGUUACGGGGGCCACAGUCAGAGGGACGUACUCUGUGGCAGUGUCGAGUCCAGAGAGGUGUCCUUCUCCUGUGAUGAGGAGUGUCGACGCGCCCUCAAGUGUGGCACUCACACGUGUGAACAGCUGUGUCACCCCGGGGAGUGUGGCAGGUGCCCCCUCCUCCCAGACCUUGUCACACACUGCCAGUGUGGCCAGACCCUCCUGACCGACCUCCCUGAUGGUCAGCGCUCAAGUUGUGCUGACCCCAUCCCAGUCUGUGAUAAACUGUGCUCAAAGCCUCUCACUUGUGGCCCAAAAGAUGCCCCCCAUACAUGUGAUCGUCCUUGUCACAUUGGGGAGUGUGGUCCCUGUGAAGGGGAGACAACUCUAAUGUGUUACUGUGGGGCCAAGGAGAAGGUUUUCUCUUGUUCUGAAACAACCAAAUUUACAGUCACUAAUCCUUACAAAUGUGAGCGGCGAUGCACGAAGAAGAAGUUGUGUGCUCGUCACAAGUGCACUGAAACAUGCUGUACGAGAGAUGUUCACAUCUGUGAAGUGACGUGUGGCAAGAAGCUGAAGUGUGGCCGCCACAAGUGUAAGGCUCUGUGUCACCGUGGCAACUGCCAGCCUUGUCUUGUUGCUGGUUUUGAUGAGUUGUCCUGCCACUGUGGAGCAGAGAUCAUCUUCCCACCAAUACCGUGCGGGACACGCCCACCUGAAUGUCACAAAACAUGCGUCCGAACCCACCCGUGUCAACAUCAAGUUCGCCAUAACUGCCACAGUGACAGUGUAUGCCCACCCUGCACGGAGCUGAUGGAGAAACUCUGUAUGGGAGGUCAUGAGACUCGCAAAAACAUCCCCUGUCACAUGGCUGAUAUUUCCUGUGGGAGACCGUGUGGUAGACUGCUCCUGUGUGGGAUACACAAGUGUCUGCGUAUCUGUCACAAGGGGGACUGCGAGAGGGAGGGGGACGUGUGUGUACAGCCGUGCGUCAGGAAGAGAGAGGGAUGUGACCAUCCCUGUGCAGCUCCCUGUCAUCCGGACGACGCUUGCCCUAAAGUGCCUUGUAAAGCUGAGAUCACCAUCAAGUGUCCGUGUGGCCAUCAGAGCGCCAAGGUGUCCUGCUUGUUGGGCGGGGACAGUAGCACAAACAUCUCUGAGUACCAGAAGGUGACCGUGCAGCAGCUGUCCAGUGGGCGUGUCAUGGACAUGGCCAAGUUGGCGAGUGUCAUGAAGGGCGGAACACGGAGCUUGGACUGUGAUGCUGAGUGUGCUAUCAUUGAGCGGAACCGCCGUGUGGCGCUUGCCUUGGAGAUCAAGAACCCAGACUUUCAAGGGAAACUCGGCAACCCUACGUUCUCUGAUUUCCUCAAAGAAUUUGCCAAAAAGUACCCGAAGUUUGUGUCGGAUGUGGAGAAGGCCCUGAGUGAUCUUGUCCACUCUGCUAAACAGUCCAAGCAUGCCACUCGGAGCCACGCCUUCAGUCCGAUGACCCGGGACCAGCGCCAUCUCGUACAUGAGCUGGCAGAGUUCUACGGUUGUGAGACUCAAAGUUAUGAUUCGGAACCAAAGAAGAACGUGGUUGCAAUCGCAAAAAGAGACAAGUGUUGGCUGCCCAACUCGACCUUGACUGCUGUGCUGCAACGUGAACAUGGCCGCACGGCACCGCCUCCAAUACCUCACUUCCACCAGUCCAGUGAGCUCAGGCAGGGUUCCCCAGCAUCCAAUGUGGUGAAGCUGGAGACCAACUCACCCUCCCACACCCGCAGAGAGAGGACCCCCCCUGGUCCUGCCAUCGACUACUUCGACUUCUCCGUCAGCUGAUCAGCAUCCCACCCUGUCAAAGGGAGACAAUCUUGAUGUGUGUUAAUUUCAAAGUUAUUGAUUCAACAUGGUGAUACUUAAGGUUGACGGAAUCCUAGAAUUAACAUUUACUCUGAUGCACAAAGAUACAAUGACACAUAUUCAGAGUUUUACUCUGCAAGUUACUGGUGAAAUUAGAAAAUUUAUCAGCAUAGAUUUGUGAAAGGCCAUUAUUUUUGUAAUUGUUGCAUAUUAGAUUUUUUCUGCCCGAGUCUGAUCUCAGAGGGUUUAAAUCAAGAAGCUUUCAUAUUUAUAGACUCUGCGAUUGUGCAGAAUUUCGGCUUUUCUCGGAAGACGCUGGGUGUUAGUUGCAGGAGUCAGUGUAUCAAGGGACAGAACUCUGGAUUUCUGCUGAAUGGAAUUAACAAUGACUGACUGAUUUGGUAAAAUUUGAAUGUCAAAUUAAACACUGGAGUUAAUGAAUUUUUGUGGCAUUGAUGGGUUUUCAACAAACAAAAUGUAAUUUUGUAAUAAUGUUUUUCUCCUUUUUGUUUGUUUGUAAUAGAGUCAGGACCAAACCUACACAAUAAUGGCCUUACUUGUAAAUUGACUUUAACCAAAGGUCCAGUGAUGCCCUGUGUCCAAGCUUUGCUGAAGGACCUGACUCCGCAACACAAAGCUAAUUUGUGAUCAUGGUUCAUACUAACAUGACUAAGGAACAGACCAUGUAGUAUUCAGGAGGGAGGUCAGGGAGACCUGAGAUUUCUUUUAGAGACAGAAUAUUUUAUUCUGUCAUUGCUUCAAGACAAACAUUUCUUUUCUCUGAACAACACUUUCUUUAAAUCCAGCAUUUUCAUUUCUUUACAGCAAUUUAUGGAACAGAUUAUUAUAACACCCUCCCCCCUGCAUAUGAAAUGGUUGGUCCAAGGGAACGGAUAAAGAGCUUAGUGUGCAAACUGGUCCAUUGGCUGGGGUGAUAAUGUAGUGCUUUGAACAUGCUUCAGGGGAUGGAUUUGGAGCAUCAUAUAUAUAUAUAUAUACAGGUUAUUAUUAAUAUUAUUAUCAUCAUGGACCGAAGCAAGGGAAUUUGUUUUUAAUACUGCUGGUCCAUGGUAGACACAGAGAGAAAUGCUAUCGAAUAUUCCAGAAAGUCCACACCACAUGGAAUACUGGGAUAAUUAUGUUAGGGAUCAUUUCUGAUUGACUGUCGUGAUGGUCUUUGUGAUAAAUGACUUUUUUUAUUGUUAUUUGUGUGUAAAGAAUGUAUUUUGAGAUAAACAGAUUUUCCCAGUGAUAAUGUUUCGAGAAGAUAUUACAUAUGUAAGAUAGUUGGCAUUGACAGUGCUUAUGUUUCAUUUUGAGUUGUGGCUGAAAGAAUAUUCUUGGUUCUCGUACAUUGAUGUCCUUGCUUUAAAGCAGCUUAAUUUGGUUCUACACGCCUAGACACGGCCAUGUAGCAACAUUUGGUGCAGCCUGUCUGCAUCAAAGGCAAUAAGUGUCGGGGCAAGUUGAAACUUGGUAUGUUUCCUACCCUGGAUUGCACAGUUUAUCAAACUAGGCCUUUAUUUUUUUAUAGUUAGUUUACAUAAACAACUAAUCUGUCAUGCAGACCUUGAAACAGAUAUACCCAAUACAGCCCAUGCAAGUCUGUUAUAGUUGGCAAGUCUAGAUUACUGCAGUCUGAAAAGGAAGCAAGUCUCGGGGCUCCUUUUGAUUACGUUUUAUUUAGAUAAUUUAAGAGUGUAUUUUUUUUUCUGUAAAUGCUUUCAUUUCAGUGACUGGAUGUUCGUUUAAAAAUGACAAACAAUAACUUAAAUAACUAAAAAAAUGACUUUGGGAGAAGAUUCUAAGUAUGACUCAUGUCACGAAUAAGAGCAUCAUUAUUUUGUUCAACGUUGGGAUUUUGUUAAUGUUCUUAUUUUCCUAAAUUCUGAGGUAUUUUGACAUUGCUUACAGUGCAGUAAUGUAUAACUAUGCUUCAAAGCCACUUUCUCUUGAUUGGUCCUGUUAUCAUUGAAACAUAAGUUACAUCUGCAAAGUCAUAACAUGAUUUGGGAAUUUUGACUAACAUUGACUGGAGACUUGGGUCUGAAUAUCGGCCUGUGGGCAGGUGUGAAUGACCCCUGAGUAUCUCCUGAGACUACUGGGAAGUCGGCCAUGAACCCUCAUUAACACAGGUUACCGGGGUUAAUGUUCUCAACUUUUGCAUCUAAUUUAUUGGUGUUUACGAGGAUGGCAGGUGCUGAACAUAGUGUCCAACCACCGACAUCCUCUUUGAACUUGGUUUUCAUUCAUUAAUAAUCAAUUAUUUUGGGAGUUUAAUUUUAUCGAUAUAUUUUUUUCACCCACCUGCAUUGUAUGUUUUGUAAAGAUUUUGUUAACUAACUAAUAAAAGGCCUAACGGAAAGUCCUUGCCAGG